AUGGAAGUAGAGCUAGGGAAACGCAGCGAGCUCAUUCAAGAGUUAAGCUAUGAGAUGGUGUUAACUCUACUUGAUUUUCCUCGCCGGUUCAAUGUGUUCGCCAGCCUCCACGGGACGGCCACCAAGCUGAGCGACUUCAACGAGUGCGCAACCCUGGACCUGCAGCUGCACCAUCUCGGCUGGCACCCCGGAAACCCCGUAUUCACCAUUCCGCAGAAGCCGGUCGUCGGCCACGGCGUGGGAGCCUUGGGAGCCUGGGCGUUGAACGACACGCUGCAGGCGAUGCACUCGGGCAUCAUCCCCGGCAAGCGAAACGCGGACAACAUUGACAAACGCCUCGAGGCCUUUCAAACGCUGCUCUUGGCCAACGAGAACAUCACAGUUGACCCGCCACAAAUCAAGGCAUUUACGGUGACGUCCUUUGGGUUCGGGCAAAAAGGGGCUCAGGUCAUUGUCGUCCACCCGCGGCACCUAUACGCCGCCAUCUCGGAGCCAGAGUACAGCGCCUAUCGCACCAAGCAGAUGAAAAGAUCCCGCCUCGCCGACAGGGAGCUGGACCAGGGACUGCACGGUCAGGGCAUGUUCAAAGCCAAGGAGGAGAAGCCAUACGUCGGUGAUGAGUAUGAUUACUUGCUUACCCCCCUUGCGAGAACAAAGUGGGUGGAGUGGGUUUAA